CAAUGACCGGCCGCCGGCUCGCCAGCUUCGCCCUGGGCUGCUUGGUCUUCGCCAGCUACUGCAGCGGAGGAGGAGCGGGUAGCGAUGUGGACGUCACCACGCCGGACGUGGUUGAGGCGGAAGUCGGGAAGACGGCCAUUAUCAAGUGCGAGUUCUCCCUCCCGGAGAAUGGCAACUACGCUUACGUCAACUGGUACACGAUGGACCAAAGCACACGGACGAAGAUCAUCGGAAUGCUUCCAGGCAAGGUACAUCACGAAAAGACUGAAUUCAAGGACCGGCUGAACAUGACAGCCAAUUUUUCCCUCAUCAUCCACAAAGUGACCCUGCAAGAUGCCAAGGUGUACGUGUGCCAGGUGGGGCUCGGCAGCGCCGGUGUUGGCGAGAAUCGGGCCGAACUGAACGUCUUCAAAACUCCAGAAAUGCCUGAGAUUCUGGAGACCGAUGACCGCAUCACAGCGUCAGACUCCAAGACUCACAAGAUUGGAAAAUGUAUGAGCCGCAAUGGCUUCCCAGCCCCAACCAUCACGUGGUACAAGGACGACGAACCUCUGAGCCCUGAUGGAAAAGAAAUUGAAAUCCGGCCUGCGGUCACCAGAGAAUCCAGCGGGCUGAUCUCCGUCAGCAGCACUCUUUCGGCACAAGUCACCAAAGAAGACCGCGACGCCCACUUCUACUGCCAAGUCAGUUACAGCCUGAUGGGAACUAACCAGACGUUCACGUCAAAGAGCUUCAAAAUCAACGUUCAUUACCCCUCUGAGAACAUCAGCUUUGAGAUGGAAGCCCCGAGCCCGGUGAAGGAGGGGGACAACGUCACGCUGCGCUGUAAAGCCGAUGGGAACCCGGAGCCCGAGUAUACCUUGUUCGCACUGGUGGAUGAGGAGGAAGAGGCACUGCCAACCGACAUCAGUGGAAAAGAAGUGUUCUUUCAAGACAUCCAGAGGGAUAAGAGCGGCAUUUAUGGGUGCAGGGCCCUUGACCUACAGACCCUGAAGGACCUGGUGGAAAGAUUAGAACUGUUCGUAAACUACCUCGACGCGCCCAUCAUCAUCCCGGAACAUCCCAGAAAUCUGAAAGAAGGGGACAACUUGCUCCUUACCUGUAAUGCAACAAGCUCCAAACCUUUGGAAUUUCAGUGGGAAAAGAAGGGGCAAGUGAUUGCGAAGGGGAACCUGCUGAACUUGAACAACGUCACCUACCACAUGUCCGGCAACUACACCUGCGUCGCAACGAUGGUUGAGGAGCCCAGGCUCUCCGGCUCCAAGCAGGUCUCGGUUGGUGUUCAUGCGAAACCGCAGCUGGCCCCACAGAAGGAACUGCUGUUUGUGCGGAAGGGUCAGAAGCUGAACUUGACGUGCAGCGUCUUCUCCGUCGUGAAACCCAAGUUUUCCUGGAAGCCGGGCAACGGAACGAUCCAUUUCUCCAAUCUGAACCACCAGCAUAACAGCACAAUCACAGUCAUGGUCACGGAGGAGCUUCUGGACUCCGGAAUGAGCUGCACCGCCAAGAACAAGGAGGGCAAAGCAGAGCGCCACUUCCGGCUGGAGCAGAUGCCAGAAGAGACAGAUCCCACCAAAAGGCCUGAGCCAACGACGCAAGAGAGCAAAGGUGUGAUCAUUGUGGCUGUCAUAAUCUGCAUCCUGGCGUUAUCCAUCUUGGGCGCCGUCCUCUACUUCCUGCACAAGAAAGGGAAGCUGCCUUGUGGCCACUCCGGCAAGCAGGAGAUCACGAGGCCCGAAGCCCAUAAAGACGAGAUUGUAGUUGAAGUUAAGUCAGAUAAACUUCCCGAGGAGGCGGUGCUUCUGCAGGGCGCCAACGGCGAGAAGAGAUCGGCAGGCGACCAGGGAGAGAGAUACAUCGAUCUGAGGAACUGAGGAGAGGGACCGCUGCGUGCGUUUUCUUAAGAGUCCUCCUGCCCCUCUGAAGGCCCCCUUCCCCUGCUCCCACGGCCAGUCUUUCAAACGCACAGCAACGAAGGCACGAGACGACAACUCCGCGGCAAAGAAUACUUUGCCACCCACCCUAAUGGCUUUGAAGGAAGACAAGAUUAGCCAAAGCAGACCGGCAGUCUUUUCCUCUUGCAGACCAAAAAAGGGAAGAUGUUUUUGAAGGUUAUUGUGUCAAGAGCAUCUGUUGAAGGAACUGGUGGGUAGGGGGAACUUGUGCUCUACCGUACACGUAGUGUUAAAAAAAAAAUUCAGGCCCCGUUUUAGAAAAAGAAAGAAAAAAAGUCCAACAGUUGUUGUAACAGGCACGUAAGUGCCUGCCAAGCAGGACUGGACAGAGCUCAACAGUUCUAUUUUUCAUUAAGGCUCACUGUUCAACUGAAAGGGAAUGAAAAUCGUACAGUAGCAGGGUUAGAAACCGGCUUAGGAAGGGUUUGAUUUCCACUAAGACGGGGUCUGGACUGUAGGACUGUUGAAACCCGAUUUCCCCUGAACUGUUCCUGUUCCGCACAGACAAGGUUCAGAGGAUGUGUAUCUAAAUUGUCUGGACCUCAAGGAGAAAAAGGGAUGUGAGGCUACCAGCCUCCGGGGCCUCAUUAGGGAGUAAGUUCCACUGAAGGCAGUGGGGCUUACUUCCGAGUAAAGACAUAGGAUAAUUCCGUACAGGGAAAGAGUCUGUCUGCACUUCAGAAGUUAGGAUAGAAAUAAGGCCUCUUUUUGUACAAACUGUAUAGUCACAUGUGUUUAUAUCUGAGGAUUUAGGUUAUUCUGCCCCACACUUAACCCCAAGACCCCUCUCCACAGCUCCUGUGAAAUCUUACUUAGCAACACUUGCAAGUCUUUGGAAAACCCACCUCUCAUUAGGCUGCACUGCAAGAAAAUGGAGCCCUGAAGCAGGGUGUUCAAAAGAUGGGGCAAUUUCUACACGUUGCUCUUGGGUUCCUCUGCUUCUGCUCAGGGAUCUGGAAGGUGGCAUGUGCAGAGAUGGCAGCAGCAGGAGCAGCAGACACAGUGAAAAAGGCAAAGGACGCUGCUGCUGCUGCUGUCACACAGCCUUCGAGUGGAUGCUGAUAAUUUGUCUGCCAUCCUCAAGUGCCCCCUUCCUUCAUCACCCUGGCCCAGUGUGUAAAGAUGAGUUUUCUGCUCCUCAUCCUCCACCCCCCCAGAUUCAAAGAGGACGUCAUACAGAAAAACAUUCUAAGCACCUCCUUAAACACAACAUUUAAUUUCCUCUGAGGUUUGAUUUCCCAUUUGCCUCAAACUUCGGCAGUGAACAGCCUUCAACGCAGAAAGUGGACAAAAACGGUUUUAAGUUUUUGCUUUAGAAAAAUUACUGAUUUCAUUUUAAUUGUUACUGGUUAAAAGUACAAGUUCGUUAACCAAAAACAGGAGAGAAGGAACUGUUGCGCUUUACUUGUAAGCUAGAAAAAUUAUCAAAACAAAAGCUUUUUGUUAUAUAUAUUUUUGUUGAUGUGUGUGUAAAUUUAAGAGUGUCUGAGUUGCAGGGUUUUUAUAUAUAUAUUAUAUAUAUAUGAAAAAUAAAA